GUGACAUAUGAAAGAAAGUUUUUUCGUAACUAGUUGUUUAGUUGUUCAAAACAGUUCAUGCAGUUGUUAGUUUGAACGAUUGAUUAGAUUAGAACAGCUUUUUGAGUGGAGCAUCAAAAUGCCUCCAAAACGUAAACUAUCUAAGAAAUCGGAACCCGAGACUUCCGAAAUAUCACCACCAAAAAAAUCCAAGGAAGAACCAACCGACCCGGAAUCAUUGGCGCGAAAGGGAGGGCCAAGUAAAGCAAACGAAGAGAAAAAUGAAACAGCCCCCAAGAGACGAGGAAACCAAGCCAAAGAGCCGGCUGAUAAUGAUCACGGGGAAAAACCAUCAAAGAAAGCUCAAAGAAAGCCCGCCAAAGAGCAAACACCAGAUUCUGAAGCACCAGAGGAUAAGCCAAAGAAGGCUCAAAGAAAGCCCGCCAAAGAGUCGACACCGGAUUCCGAAGCACUAGGCGAUAAGCCAAAGAGGGCUCAAAGAAAGCCUGCUAAAGAGCAAACAUUGGAUCCCGAAGCACCAGGGGAUAAAGUGAACAAAGGAAAAGGUAAGGCGAAGAACUCUGAACCGGAACAAAAAACCGAUGUUGAACCGAAAAAUACGGAUAAAGUAGGAAAGCCAAAGAAAGGCAGAGGUAGGAACAAGCUUCCAGAAGCUGGCGAGCAAUCCAAAACCGACUCGGAGAACGGAAACGUAAAUAAAGACAAAGACAAAGACAAAAUUGAGCCAACUUCAGGAAGUGGUUUGAAGAAUGGAACUGUAGAACACGUUACUGGGGAUAUGGAAGUUGAGGAAGAACUUCCAAAGAAAAGGGGUAGACGACCAGCCAAAAAGGAAGCAGAAGUGAAGGAGAAGGUUACACCAAAAAAACCCAGUGGUCGACCCAAAAAAGAAAAGCCACCUAACGAUGAAGAUGAUGGAAAUAAAGCAGCAAGUCAUUCAGAACUUCUAAAUGAGACCUUAACCAAAUGGAGGUCUUUACAAUUUGGCACUGAAAGAGUAUCUGCAGAAGGCAAUGUUCAAAAUUUCACGUUGACGUCCUGGAAUGUUGACGGUCUGAGGGCCUGGGUGAAGAAGGAUGGACAUUCCAUUUUUCAGCAUGCGAAACCAGACAUCAUCUGCCUCCAGGAGAUCAAAUGUAGUGAAGACAAAUUGCCUAAUGAGAUUAAAAAUAUAGAGGGUUACCAUUCAUAUUGGUGUGUCGGCAAAAAGGAAGGUUACGCAGGCGUAGGCUAUUUUUCGAAAAUCAAACCAAUCGACGUGAAAUUUGGAAUUGAUGAUGAGGCUCAAGACGACGAAGGCAGGUGCAUUACGGCCGAGUACAAUGAUUAUUACGUUGUUGGAGUUUACGUGCCGAAUGCAGGCAGAAAAUUAGUCACUCUUCCCAAAAGACUGGAAUGGAACAAAUCUUUUGCGGAUUAUAUCAAGGAAUUGAACGACAAGAAGCCCGUCAUCAUUUGUGGCGACAUGAAUGUAGCACAUUCGGAAAUCGAUUUGGCUAAUCCCAAAGCCAACACCAAGAAUGCCGGUUUCACGAAGGAGGAACGGGACGGAAUGACAGAAUUUUUAAGUAAGGGCUACGUCGAUGUAUUCCGUAAGUUGUAUCCUGACCAAAAGGAUACUUACACAUUUUGGACAUACAUGGCUAAAGCCAGGGCCAGAAACGUUGGAUGGCGUUUGGAUUAUUUCAUUGUUUCUGAGCGAUUUAUGGAUAAGGUGUGUGACGUGGUGAUCCACGACAAAGUUUUCGGGUCAGAUCAUUGUCCUCUAAGUUUGUAUUUGAGUUUAUAAACAUUGUUUGUAUUUUUUAUGAAUUUCUGUAUGUUUUUUAAUGAGUGAAGUUUUUGUUAGAAUAUUACUGUUAAUUUGUUUUUUAUGUAAUUUGAAAUAAAUAUUUUUUGAUAA